CAGGUUACACCAGGACUCGAUUACUCCAGCGUCCGCCCUAGGCAGGCGCCAUGCCUAGAGGCGCGCAUCUUCGUUGCAGUUGCGCAAGAGUCGUUGUAGGCAAGGCUCGGCGCCGUCGAACACAACCCGGUUGCGGUGCUUCCAGAUGUUCCAGCAGCAUAGGAAGAGGAAAACCGACCCGGUUGCGGUGCUUCCAGAUGUUCGCAACACAGAAUAUAUAGUCCAGGCAUGCACUAGCUGUUGUUUACUCGAAGCAGCCGGGUUACGUCAGCUCCGGUCUUCGGAGAAUGCCUUCAUGCUGUAUAAUACUGCUGCUGCAUUCUACUUACGAGACUUUGUAUCAGAGCUUUCAGAUUUUUGUAUUAUUGCGAGAUGCACGGAGUCGAGUAGAGGUUGGUGUGGUGGGCGGGGGCGCCUACGUGCGGCGCGACUGGUUCGCACGUCCGCUUGUCUGUUCGAUCUCCUCUCUGCAGGGAUUGCAGGUCCAGGUUUGUCACGGCCGCUGAGGGCUGAAGCUGGCUGACUCUGGAGGCGGGAGGGCGCAUAGUUUAAGCGUCCUCCCCAGCAAGUGUGACACUUGCGCCGACCAUAGUUUUUUGGUGCAGCGUGGGGGCGCUGCUGGUGAGGCCAUGUGAAGCUUUGAAGUGCAAUCAAGCUCGGUUCAUUUGCAGCGUGUACUCCAUGGCUUACCCAUUGAAACUUGAAACGUGGGGGGGCACGACGAAGCUGGAGCGGAUACGAAUGCCGAUCUGCCAUUCUGCCGCCUUGACAAGAUGCCCAUGCAUGAAGGUCUGCCUUGGUAAGAUAUUCGUGAAGGUUUUCGAUCUUUCCCCCGUACGUAGCUUGUAUUGUUUAAUGUACGUACGGUUAACUAACUUGGUCGAUGUAAUGUAUGGCCGCCCAGCCAGUGCUCCAGUUUAGCUGGAUGCAAGUCUACUAGUAAUUCAUUAGUAGGUAUCUAAUUUUGUCCUAAGUAGAGAUGCAGAAGAAGAUGAUGAGCAUGGUUUCUUGGUAAUUGGACGCCUGAUGCCCACCUUUCUGUAGCCAUUUGAGCUGUUUGGAACAAGAUUAGCAGUUCAUUUAGUCAGUUUUUUUAGCACUCUAGUUUUCUUCCCUCUUGAGUAGCAGGCGAGUUUUACUUUGAGGGUGCCAAAUUACCAACAAUUAGCGCGCAGCCAAUCAGUCACACAACCAUGCAUAUACGAAAACCAAAUUAGCUGUGAAUCGCCGGCCACUUUCAAAGAAACUGUCGGCAAAUGUUGUUAGUCUUUUUCCGAACAAUUUUGGAGGGAGAAAGAAUCCCCGCCUCUGUUUUUUUAAAACCAAAGAAGGAUUUUACCGUUUUACAGAAUUGUUGGGAGUGCAGGAAUAAGAAGGGGAGAGAAACACCCGAGUAGAUUGUUCGCUGUUAAUACUUCGUGCGCAGCUUCAUAAUUUUAUUAAAAAAUAUCUUGUCAUCACCUAGCUUAAUUAGCCAGCUCGCUCCUCCCUGCUGCCUUGAUUUAAUGCAAAUGCACACAGGCACGAAGGGGCCUUGAAUGCCACGUGAAGCGGAUCGUUCCACCGGAACAUGGGGACUCCCGUAUGCCGCGGCGCAUCUCAAGCUUACUGCUACUUGCCCCUAAUCAGCUGAGCUAAGCAGAUAAUUAUUUGUAGGUCUGCAACCCUAACCAGCAGCAUGCGUCAUGCCAUCCAUGGCUGGCUGGUUGGCCUCCUAGGAGCUAGCAGUAGUGUUUAAUUUACUCCGCCGUGCAUGUGCCACCAGCUUGAUCAAGACAAGACACCUCUCUAGUUGCUAGCUUAGCUUCUUCAGAAACCCUCUCUAUAAAAGUAGCUGCCGGCCGGCCUACACGUUUCAUGCAUAGCUAGCUAGCUAGCUUCCAAGAACAGAAACCCUAGCUGUUUACUCCUUGUCAGUGACACAUAGCUAAGGCACAAAGCUAGCUAGCUAAUCAGUCCGUCGAGUGAUUGACUAGCUAGCUAGAUGGCUCAGGCAAGCAAGCGGAGCGCGAUGCAGCAGCCGCAGCUCCGGCCGGUGACGAUGUACGGCGACGGCGAGCCUUCCUCCAUGUCCCUCGAGCUCUUCGGCUACCACGGCGGCGUCGUCGUGGACGGCGACGAGGGCGAGGGCGAGGGCUCCGCCGCGGCAGCGCUCUCGCUGCAGCUCGCCUUCGACGACGACAGCUGCUUCAAGCACGGAGCCUCGGCCGCCGGCGGCGACUACUACGGCAGCUGGGCCGGGUACGGCGGCUCGGGCGCCAGCUCCAGCUCCAGCUCGUCGGUGCUCAGCUUCGAGCAGGCCGGCAGUGGCGGCGGCCACCACCACCACCACCUGGGCGACGAUGGGUGCGCGCUGUGGAUGGACGUCGCCGCCGCGGGCAUGGUCGAGCAGCAUCCGCCGCCGCAGCACGGAUCCGCCUGCAGGUUCGGGCUCGUGAGCCCAGGCAGCUCGGCCGAUGAUGAUGCCGGUGGUCUGCACAUCCAGGGGAUGGGCUCCGUCCAGCCGCCGGCCAAGACCACGAACAAGCGCGCAAGACCGGAUGGUGAAGUGCAAGCUGCCGCGGCGAAGAAGCAGUGCGGCGGCGGCAGGAAGAGCAAGGCCAAGGCUGCUCCUGCUCCUACCAAGGACCCUCAAAGCGUAGCUGCCAAGGUUCGAAGAGAGAGGAUCGCCGAGAAGCUCAAAGUCCUGCAAGAUCUCGUGCCCAAUGGCACCAAGGUGGAUUUGGUCACCAUGCUUGAAAAGGCAAUCACCUAUGUCAAGUUCCUCCAGCUGCAAGUGAAGGUGUUGGCUGCCGAUGAGUUCUGGCCUGCACAAGGAGGGAAGGCACCGGAUCUCUCUCAAGUGAAGGACGCUUUGGACGCCAUCCUGUCGUCCCAGAAGUACCCUCACAAAUGAGGCCAUGCACUCGUUUUAGUUUCUUCUAGAAGGCUAAGAUGGUGAAGAUGUUAGGAGAUCUACGCAUGUAUCGCGCGCUGACGAAGAACAAGGCAAAGUAGUAUGUAGAGCACAAACAAGCUCUGAAAAAAAUGCGAUGGUUGAGAUACCUGGAGUCUAGCGUUGGAGUUCAGCCAUAUAUAUAUGGAUCUUGUUUCUUUACACUCUUUUUACAAGAUCAUUUCUCCUGUCACAUAAACGCUUACCAAGGAAUUCAUUUGAUAGUAUCACAGUUUCAUUUUUUUUUUGAA